AAUAACCAGUGUCUCUCACAUAUGCAUGCGGGUGGCCUUCCCUUGGUUGAUUGGAUUUUGGAGGAGUUGGUGCGGCGGCAAUCUAGAUUACAGGGGGUUCGUUCUUCCAUGAAUCCAUCUCCCAGCUCUUCUAGUCUUUCUUCCACCCUCACAUCCCUCAACAACCUAAUCACUCUCUCAAACCAUGUUCUCUCCCUCACACCAUCACCGCCAACCCUAAACUCCAACCUUAUACAAUGCCCUUUCAAUCCCCACCACCUCCUUCCCCCUCCCUCCCUCUUCCUUCACCACCUCCGUUGCCCUUCCUCUCCUCGCCCUCUCCCCGAUCUAAACCCCUCUCCCUCUCUCACUUACCCCAAAACCCUCCACAAUUCUCCCUCCGAUCAACUCUCUUUCUAUCUUGAUUCUCUCUCCAACUUCUUCUACCGCGAUUCCCCCGCCGUCGUUGCUUUCUCCCAUGCGGACUCCCUCACCAGAACCGCCUCCCUCACCCUUCCCUCGUUUUUAUCUCUCCAAUGCGCCGACACAUACACUCACUCCAUCCCCGAGAGCGCUUCUUUCCACGCGCCCAUUCUUCCCUCUCAGUACUUCUCCAUCGCGCGUGAACUCGACUGCUGGAACGAUUUUCCCGCUACCUACUCCAGUUCCGUUCUUCGUGCAAUUUUAGGUCUCGGAAUUGCCAACGACCGUGACUUAACGGACUGGAUGAUAGCGAAUUCGCCUCGAUACGGCGUCGUUAUUGAUUCCUCUAUGCAGCACCAUAUAUUUUUACUAUGCUGUAUGUGCCUCAAGUCAAUUCUGAGAGAAGCUUCCGUUUCCGUGGACAACCAAAAUUCGCUCGUGGAUUGCCCCGUUACGAACCAGGCUUUGACGUGGUUAGCGUCUCAGGUUUCGAUUCUUUACGGUGCGGCUAACGGAAAGGCUUUUGUUCUUAAUUUCGUGAAAAAAUGCAUUCUGGUUGGUGCUUCGGUUCUGUUGUUGUUUCCUUUAGGGGACAAUGCUGCUUCAAAGCAAGAGUCCCAAAAUUUAGGUACAGAGAGUGGAGACCCCAAAGAAGCGAAACCUGGUGCUCAGUGUGGAGAAAAGAAAAAUUGGAUACUGAAUAGAAAGAUUUCUGUGUCCCAAGUUGCAGCGGCGGUUGCGGCACUGCACGAACGAUCUUUGCUUGAACAAAAAAUUAAGGGAUUUUGGUUUUCUCAGCAGCCAAGUAACUAUCAGCUGGUUGCUGAGUAUUCUUAUUUGUCUGAGAAAGCAAAUGAAGAGCGGGCAAAGCGUCCUGAUUAUAGACCUCUAAUUGAUCAUGAUAGCAUUCAUCUUCCGCAAUCAUCCAACCAGGAAACAUCAAGAGAAAAGACACGAGAGGAGUUGCUAGCUGAAGAAAGGGAUUACAAACGUCGAAGAAUGUCCUAUCGUGGCAAGAAAACAAAUCAAUCACCUCUGCAGGUAAUGAGGUACAUGAUAGAGGAUUUCAUGGACCAAAUCAAGCAGGCUGGGGAUUUUGAGAGCCAUGUGAAGAUGUCUGAAAAGAGUGGGUUGUUUCCAUCUAAACCUCCUGACCGUGACAUUCCUAUGGAAGCUAAUAAUUCAAGAAAGAUUUGUAAUAACUCUCCUACAGUUACAAUCAGUAGCCUACGUUGUAGUGAGCAACAAUCAGACUCUAACUGUUGUGAUCAAAGUAAAAGUCUGGAGGAUGCAUUUUCUAGAGAUUACAAACAACGGAAACAUGAGCAUCAUAGGAGCCAUUAUUGCCGAGAAGAUCAACAGAAUGCUGACCAAGGAAAAUAUCAUAGAGACCGUCGUUCUAUAAGCCCUGAAAGGUACUCAAGUUAUAGUCGAUCGCGUGAGCAUAGUAGUCAUCAUAACAAACAGGAUUACUACUCAAAUAGAAAGAAGCAUGACAACUCAUCUAGAAUCAAGGAUGGAUGGCAAAAGGACACUCACAGGAGUCAUAUUUCAGAUUCUUUCCCCAAUAAUGCAUUUUCAGAUCGAUAUGAUCCUUCAGAAUCUCUUGUUAUCUGUGAGGAUGAUAUCUCCUCGGACUCUAAAUAUAUCAAGUCAGAUAAAUUUUACGACAAGGAAGGUUAUUAGCAUUGUCUUGGUCAGAACUGGGAAGACACUACACCUGUUGUGGCUUUUGGUAAUAACUUAUCAAGCUUCAGCGAUUUAUCAAUGUAUCCUCCUUUGUAUCCUUGAUUGUGAAAGUGCUUCUAAACAAGCUUGCCUUGGAGUGAUUUUAUUGCUGUUGUCGUUACUAAUAUUAUUAGUGUCUUAGAGAAUAAGUAAUAAAAUACCAAUUAUGUCAACCACAUUAGAAUCUAUUACAUCGCUAGAUUUUUGUAGUUUACUCUAUGAUUGUUUUACUUAACAAAAAAAGAUAGUUUUUGAAUCAAUUAUGGUUAUGCAUGUGACGUGCUAGGAGAAAUGAAACAGUUUGAAUAAUGCUUUACUUUGGAUAUUGAAUCAUUUAACUACUACUAGAUCAAUUAUAUAUAGUUUUGAUAUCUUACAAAGGCUUUAGGUAUUAAGGUGAAGCAGCUGUAGAGGCCACUGAAAAUUAUGUCUUAUUUUUUUUUGGAAAUGAAUUUUAUAUCUGUCAGUGUCUCACUUAGGAGUGAUUGUUUUUGAACCUGUUUGAACUUCCAAGUAUUUUUUUUAAUCAACAAUUUCCCUGUUGUGUUCUCUUCCACUCACUUGCUCCUAAUCUUAGCUUAGAAUUUGCCAAGGUUGGUCAAGCUUUGUCAUUAUUUAGCCUUUUAUUUUAUUGCAAGAAAAUGUCUUGAGCAUUAAUGCUUUUGGUUCGUCUAAUUCUUUGUGCUUUGAUUUCAGAAUGGCUUGAAACAACAAAAUCUUUCAAUUUCUACCUGAAUUCUUCUGCUCUUUUUAAAUACUUGCUUCUUCAGAGUGACAGAUUCUUCAAUUGUCUCACUAGGUUUCUUCCUUGUUUAGUAGAAGAGAUCCAGCUGUGAUGAAGUGACUUCAACAAAAAUGAUGUCAGGUUCUGAUAAAGUAAACCCUUGCGCAUGCCAUAUACAAAGAGGAGGGAAACUAGUGUGACAACUGUAGGCUAUAGCCUGGCCUAGUGUAUGAUUUACUUCUUAAAAUUGUGCAAAUUGCAAACUCGUUUUCCAUUUGUGUUUUUUGCUAUCACUUUUAAAGAGUAACAUGAAAUAAUUUGAUUACUGAGUUCUAUAAUUAAA